AUGUCGUCCUCCGAAUACAACUAUGAUGACCAGGGGCAAUUCUUCCCAUUCUUUAUGCUGACUAUGGUCGGCCUGGUCACAGUGCCUCUCACGUUCAACGUGCUCAAAGCCUCCACAGAUCUCGAGCAAACUGCGGCGCGCAUACAAUCCGACUUCAGACCCAAGAAUGAUGACCUGAUCGAGGCGCAGCGCAGGAGGCGGAAGAGGAGAGAUCGCAAGACGAAGCGCAUAAUCGCGGUGGUACUGGGGUACGCCUUCAUGACCUACAUGAUCUAUCUCAUUGUCGUCACUCAGCGGACGAUACCGAAGAUGUGGGAUCCAUAUGACAUCCUUGGGGUUUCGAGGAGUGCCACGGAAUCGGAGAUCAACCGGUUCUACAAGCGUCUGUCUGUCAAGUAUCACCCGGACAAGGCGAGACCGGAUCCCGCAAAGAACGAGACGCUCGAGACCGUCAACGACCGGUGGGUCGAAAUGACCAAAGCGUAUAAGGCGUUGACGGACGAAGAGAUUCGAAACAAUUACUUGCUCUACGGCAACCCAGACGGCAAACAGUCCACCAGCAUAGGCAUCGCUCUUCCCAAAUGGAUGGUUGAGGAAGGCAACCGGUGGUUUGUCGUCGCAUUCUACGGUGUCCUCCUAGGAAUCAUCCUACCCUACACCUUGGGGAAAUGGUGGUAUGGAACGCAAGCCGUCACAAAGGAUAAAGUGCUCCACGCCAGCGCCGGCAACCUUUUUCGAGAAUGGAAGGAAGACAUCUCAGAAGGCGGGGUCAUUGCUGCACUGAGUGUUGGAGACGAAUUCAAAGAGAUCUUGAAGGGGCCCAGAAGCGACGCCGGGGCCGCCAAAGUCGAAAGCAAAGUACUCAGCAGUGCGGCCUUGACAGAAUCUGACAAAGCGAGAUUAAAAGCCAUCGAGGAUCCCGUGCGACGCAAAGCGCUAGCCCUUCUGUGGGCGUACCUCGCUCGGAUCGACCUGGAAGACCAAGAACUAGAGAAAGAGAAGUACGAGAUCGCCCCAACGGCUCUGCUCCUCAACAACUCUUUCACGUCGAUUACACUACCGUUCGGUGUGGUCAAGCCACUCCUCGCCUCCUACCACACUUCUCAGAAUAUCAUCCAGGCAGUUGCCCCAGGCUGGUCACCCCUUUUACAACUCCCGAACAUCACUCCUGAGAUCGCCGCCAAGGUCUCCGAAUCAUCGCAUACACCAACAACUCUACAGAAUUUCAUGGCUCUCCCACUCCAAGUCAGAAGGAAGGUGCUGUCCCCGUUGUCAGAUGUCCACUACCAACAAGCCAUGAGAGUCGCGUCUCAAAUCCCACACCUUCAAAUCGCAAAAGCGUUCUUCAAAGUCGUCGGCGAGCGCGUCGUCACCCCAUCCUCUCUGGUCCAACUGGUGGUCAAAGCUCGAGUAAUCCCUCCCGGCACAAAAGACGUCCCGGCGAUCGACCCGCUCGACCUCGAAGACAUCGACCCGGACGAAGGCGACCUUGACGCCCUGCAUGGUCGCAAAUCCGCGAAAUCGAAGCGCCGCAAACUCCCCGACGGCCGCUUCGUCGAGGACGACUCCCAAGAAGGAUCCGUCCAGCCUCCUUUGGCGCAUGCCCCAUAUUUCGCCGCAGACCAUGCGCCGCGAUGGCAUGUGUUUUUGUCUGAAGCACGGACGGGCCGCAUCGCCGUACCCCCCUUCGCUUUCACCGCGUUCGACAGACCCAUCUUCCACGCGGACGGCACGCCCACGUUCAACAUGUUGACGUUCAAAUGUCCGUUCCAGGCGCCUCCGCAGGUCCACGCGUUCCCCUUCACCAUGCAUCUUGUCUGUGACAGUUAUAUUGGAUUGGAUUCCAAGAUCGAUGUCGUACUAGAUGUCAAGGAUGCAAGCGAAGCUAAUGUGGUCGAGAGUGAUGAUGAGAUCAGUGAACCUGACGAAGGCCAACUCCAUGCGAUGAAGACCGGCGGAUUGACUGGCGGCCCCCCGACGACGACGACGACAAGGAGAAAGAAGAAGCCCAGGACGUCUUCAAUCCCUCAGAAGGAUGUCCCUGUGGCCAGCGCGGGUUCUAAGGGUCUAGGUGACGAUCACGACGACGAUGACGACGACAGCGAUACCGAGGGUUCGGACGACGGCACUUCGGAUACCGAUACCGAUACGGACACGGAGACCGAGGAUGAGGACUCGUGA